AUGAUGAAAGGAUUAUCUGGCAGCCGCAGUCACCAUCAUGGGGUUUCCUGUGAACCUGUAUGUGACUCUCUGAUACAUCACUCAGAUAGGAAGCCAUAUUUAUUAAAUCCUAUGGACCAUCAUUCUGCAGAUCAUACUUACUAUACUCAAAGAAACUCUUUUCAAGGAGAAUGCAUGGCUCCAUACAGUGAUCAGAUUGCUAGCAGCACAUUUCCUCGGAGACGUUAUAAUUCCCACAAAGGACUUAAGGAUGAAUGUGCUUUGGUGCCACAUGGAACAACAAGUAAAGGUAAUCGCAUCCCUGCCAAUCUUUUGGACCAGUUUGAAAGGCAGCUUCCUCUUAAUAGAGAUGGCUAUCAUACUUUACAGUACAAAAGGACUGCUGUAGAACAUCGUAGUGAUAGUCCAGGAAGAAUCCGCCACUUGGUGCAUUCUGUUCAAAAGCUUUUCACAAAAUCUCAUUCUCUUGAAGGCCCAUCAAAGGGUAGCAUCAAUGGAGGCAAAGCAAGCCCAGAAGACAUGCAUAGUAUAAGAUAUGGCAAACGUAGCAAAAGUAAAGAUAGAAGAUCAGACGGAAAAUCCAGGUCGAAUGCAUCUGGAUGGUGGAGCUCAGAUGACAACCUAGAUAAUGAUGUUUGCAUUUAUCAUGGACCAACUGGAAUGAUGACCAUGGGAAGAUGUCCUGAUCGUUCUACUUCUCAGUACUUUAUGGAAGCCUACAAUACUCUAAAUGAACAUGCAGUAAAGCCUUCCAGAAGCAAUAAUGAUGUUAAAUGUUCUACCUGUGCAAACCUGCCUGUAAAUUUGGAUGCUCAAUUAAUGAAAAAAAGCUCUUGGUCCUCUACUCUGACAGUAAGCAGAGCUCGUGAAGUUUAUCAAAAAGCCUCUAUGAACAUGGACCAGACAGUACUGAAAUCAGAGACUUGUCAACAGGAACGGUCCUGCCAAUAUCUUCAGGUUCCUCAAGAUGAAUGGUCUGGAUAUACUCCUUGUGGCAAAGAUGAAGAAAUUCCUUGUCGGCGAAUGCGUAGUGGCAGCUACAUUAAAGCCAUGGGAGAUGAUGACAGUGGUGACUCGGACACUAGCCCAAAGCUAUCUCCAAAGAUUGCUGCACGCAGAGAGAGCUAUCUUAAGGCCACCCAGCCAUCACUUACAGAGCUCACAACCCUCAAGAUAUCCGGUGAACAUUCUCCAAAACUUCAAAUCAGAAGCCACAGUUACUUGAGGGCUGUGAGUGAAGUUUCAAUCAAUAGGAGUUUGGAUAGCUUGGAUCCUGCAGCUCUGCUUACCUCUCCGAAGUUUCGUUCCCGAAAUGAAAGCUACAUGAGGGCGAUGAGCACGAUUAGUCAGGUAAGUGAGAUGGAAGUAAACGGUCAGUUUGAAUCCGUCUGUGAGUCUGUAUUCAGCGAACUAGAAUCUCAGGCUGUAGAAGCUCUGGAUCUGCCAAUGCCUGGGUGUUUCCGCAUGAGGAGCCACAGUUACGUGAGAGCAAUCGAAAAAGGCUGUUCCCAAGAUGAUGAAUGUCUGUCUUUGAGAUCCUCAUCUCCACCUCGCACGGCCACUACUGUGAGGACCAUCCAAAGCAGCACUGGUGAGUCAUCCUUGGCCUGCUCUCUAGAAAUUUCCUCUUGCAUUACCACCUAUAAGAAGACACCACCUCCUGUCCCACCAAGAACCACCACCAAACCUUUUAUUUCCAUCACAGCCCAGAGCAGCACAGAAUCUGCCCAAGAUGCCUACAUGGAUGGACAUGGACCAAGGGGCGAUAUCAGUCAGUCAGGACUUAGCAAUUCUACUGAAAGCUUGGACAGUAUGAAAGCACUCACUGCUGCUAUUGAAGCAGCUAACGCACAGAUCCAUGGUCCUGCCAGUCAACAUAUGGGCAACAACACAGCUACUGUCACCACCACUACUACCAUUGCAACAGUAACUGCAGAUGACAGAAAAAGAGAUCAUUUCAAGAAAAACAGAUGUCUGUCCAUUGGAAUUCAGGUUGAUGGUGGAGAUGAAUCCUCUAGCUCUGGUGAAACCAGAGUGUGCAGUAAGUUCCAAUCCAUAGGUGUUCAAGUAGAGGAGGAAAAAUGUUUCCGCAGGUUUACCCGAUCAAAUAGUGUUACAACAGCUGUUCAAGCAGACAUGGAUUUCCAUGAGAACUUUGAAAUGUCCAUGGACCCUCAAGAAGUUCAAUCAUAUUCUGGGCCAAUGUCGAGACAAUAUUCCCGCGAUAUUAGCACUUCCACUGUUAGCAUACAGGGCUCAGGAAACCAUUAUCAUGCAUGCGCAGUAGAUGAUGACUUUGACACUGAUUUUGAUCCUUCCAUUUUACCUCCACCGGAUCCUUGGAUUGAUUCUAUAACUGAAGAUCCAAUUGAAGCUGUACAAAGGUCCGUGUGCCACAGAGAUGGACACUGGUUUCUGAAGCUUCUUCAAGCAGAAAGAGAACGUAUGGAAGGUUGGUGCCAACAAAUGGAGAGAGAAGAACAAGAAAACCAUCUUCCAGACGAAAUUUUAGGUAAAAUUCGAACUGCAGUUGGUAGUGCUCAGCUUCUCAUGGCUCAGAAAUUUUACCAAUUCAGAGAACUCUGUGAAGAAAAUCUGAAUCCCAACGCACACCCGAGACCAGCCUCCCAAGAUUUAGCAGGGUUUUGGGAUAUGCUGCAGUUGUCCAUAGAAAAUAUUAGUAUGAAAUUUGAUGAACUUCAUCAGUUAAAGGCCAAUAAUUGGAAACAUCUGGAUCUACAUGACAAGAAGGAGAGAAGGGCCCCUCCUCCAGUGCCAAAGAAGCCAUCGAAAGGUCAGGUGCCACUCAUUCGGGAACGCUCUUUGGAGAGCUCACAGCGUCAGGAGGCCCGGAAACGGCUGAUGGCUGCCAAACGAGCUGCAUCGGUUCGUCAGAACUCAGCCACUGAAAGCGCCGAAAGCAUUGAGAUUUACAUCCCCGAAGCCCAGACCAGGCUAUGAAGGGAUCCAACCAGGAGGACUGUUAAUGGCAAGAAAUAUCUCUUGUAUAAUUUGCCCUAGGUCCAUGCUCAGAGAUACCAAUAUGUAUUUGUAUUUCUCUCCUCUUCCUUUUAUCUCUCUCUUCUCUCCCAAUGAAUUAACACUUCUGUGGUGUAACUGUCAAUUCUCCAAGAAAGUUUUGCAAACAUCCCUUGCUUUCUAAAGGUUUGCCCAUCUCAGCCUAGUGCUUUGCCAUAUGUACUGACACUGCCCACCAUGCCUCUUGUAAAGAAUCCCAUACACCCACAAAUAACACCUCUCUUCCUUUCUGUCUCAUGUACACACAUGUAUGCGCGUGCACACGCACACACACACACACAGAAAUCUGUACAAUAGAUGCACCGAUUUACUCAUCCUUGUUCCUUAAAGGUAGUCUGUUAUGUAGUGUACAGCAAUAUUCCAUUAUUUGGUACUUUGGAAAUCCAGUAUUGCAGGGUAAUACCUUUAGGAUUCUGUUGUCCUCCUCAUUUAUAGUGAAUGGAGCUUGGGCUCAGAAUCAUUUCUUUGUAUGACUAGUUUUUAAUUUAAUUUAAUUUUUUUUUAGAAACAGAGCCAUAUGAUUUUGAUCUUUCAAGAUAAUCCUUUUCAUCUGUCAUACUAGAAGUUGGGGAGAUAGGUGUACUGCAGUAAAAGUUCAAAUGAGUCAUGGGAAUGAAAUGUCCGUCAUCCCAUGAAAAGACUAGCAGCUGCACAAACUGCCUCACUUUAUUUCCUCCAGCUCAACUUAGAAUCUUUUUGAUCAGGAGAAGACUGUAAAAUCUAUCUUCCAAGGUAGUAAUAUUUUAAGGCAAUAACAAGAAAGCUUAGAUGAAUUCAAAAGAUGAGUGAAAAUUGGAUUAAAGGAAUAUUUUCAUCCAAUCAAUUAGUAAGAAUUUUUAACAUUGUACUAUAUUGUCAUUUCCUUUUACAAUGAGUGCAUUUUAAAUGGGAAAAUCAUUUGUUGGUUUCCUGACUUUGAUGAGUUUCAGAUUUUGAACAUCUCCAAACUAGCUGUUUGUUUCUAAAAUGCUGUAAAUGAAAUACAUGUUGUAUACUAGUCAUGACCAUUGAUCUCAAGUGUUUCAUACUCCCCUUUCUUCUUUAAAAUAGAGAACACCUUUCUUUACAAAACUGUUUUAAAGUAAGUAGUCUACACAUAGUGCUAGAUUGUUUGGUAAAAAGACUGAUAGGCAACAGAGCUAUGCAGUGUUUUAGAAAUGAUUAAAAAAAACUGCUUCAGAGCAAUUGGAAGGACAAACAUAGAACUUAUUUGUGACUCUUUAAAGCAGCCAUGUCUUUUCUUUGGAUUAGGUGGCUCUCUCUAGAGUUGCUAAAACAAAAAAACCUUUUUG